AUGAUAAGGAUAUCCCCCGACAAUUUGCACAAUCCAGGUCGGCUAAAGAUUCCUCACUGGAAAACCAAUUUCAACUCGGAGGAGGCAUCUGCCAUGUUCGGAGGCGGUUUGAAAGUCCGUGAAAUUGAAUUUUGGACCAAUACGUUCGCUCAUCGCCAACUUCCGACGGAAACUGAGGACCUGCAGAAAGAUGCCGAACCACGACCGGAGGUGGGUUAUCGAAACGAUGCUCGCAUUCGCCCGAGCUCAAUGGAUCGGUGGUCGACACGCAAUGAGGACGCAUCGGUUACCGUGCCUCAAAUACAUGGACAAUCAGACUAUCGGACCCGUGAACAUCAGUCUCGCUGGAUGCGUCAAACGGAUGUGAAACGUAACGGAACAGUUGCACGAGGUGGUGCGGCACGAUCGAACAAUCGUGAGCAUCGAUCUAGUUCCGUACACACGACCGGUUACGAUCGGUCCGGAUUUGAUGGCUAUCUGAAUCGUCUCGCUUAUCUGCACAGGGGACUAACGGGACCGGGCGAGCUGGUCACGGCAGUUGGCGCAUCCCGAAAGGACGACUUUUCCCGGGCAUGGGAUCAAGUUCGCUCGAAACCGGUUAGUGCUCCGCGUCAGCCGGACAGUACAACUGGACUGACCAAUCCGGGCAAGCUGCAAGCGAACGGCCGAUGUCGAAGCUCCCAAACCGGGGUGGCUGCAAACGAUCUACUGGCGGUUAAUGGAAUGACCAUGGCCAAAUUCGUUCCCAUUUCGACCAUGUUGGAUAGUGGCCUGUGUGAGAUUUACGAAAGUUCAGAAAGUGAACUGUGGUCUAAAAACUCCCCCUCCAGUCUGGAGAAGUUGCCCUUUCGUCAACAUCCGACUCCACCCAGUGCUAUCCGGGACCAACCGCGAUCAACAGCACCGUUUUCUCGGCCAUGGCUCGGAUCCACCCCUAUAUCGAACGAUCAGAUUCCCUUAUCAUUCCCGGACAAGUUUAGCUUGGGAUCGGCUAGUCAAAGAGCACCAACCAAUGGUCUGACUAAUCGCUCCUUGGAUGAGCACCUCCGCUCCGCUAUUCCCAUUUCAACGAAUGGAAAAUUCAGCCCUGGGAUAGGAAACGGGCUGCUCGCACGCGUGUCAAGCACACCGACCAAUCCUCACGGAUCUCCAUCCAAAUCGAAUCGACUGCCCGAUAGUAAUCAAGACUCGGAGAUUAAUCUCACCACACGAAUCAAUGGAUCAACAAACAACAUCCCAAAUGAUGACGUAUUCCCACGAUCACUAAGAGAUUUUGGUAACGUGGACCCCGGUAGUCAGUUGAAGAACAAUUCACAACUCUUUGUCAAUAAGUCGGACGAGCGUUUGAAUAAUAUCCAACCGGACAAACACGACAGUUCGAAUCUGCCGGGAUCACAGAAAGCCGCCACAGCCGGCCAGCUGAUCGAGCUUCCGGCUCCGAAAACUGUGGGACGUGUGNUUGUGAUGGAAGCGGCCACCUAUUCGAGUGACGACUACGAACUUUUGUGCGAUUCCGGCUCGAUCAAACCCGGUCUCGGUCGUAUACCGCUGACCUCAAUGUCUGGUUCACGUAAAAAAGCCGGUUACCCGUGGUCGUCAAACGCACUGGAUGAAUCGAAUCAGACCUCGCCCGCGGGAGAGGUUCGACCACGGUUGCGACGAGCCUUGACCGAACGUGAUAGGGAUCGGAUAGCUACCAACCCCAUAUGUUCGAAAGCUGUUCACGCGGUAGACGAUAUCGAACCCCGACGUCGACAUGGGAUAUUUUUAGGGGAUCUACUUGACUGGAGAGAGAAUGGACACCAUGGUACGGGAAUAAUCGUGAAGAAUGCGGUUCAGAAAGAUGGUGAGGUAUCCAAACUAUCCAAGGUUCCUCGUCCUUGUACCCGUGAAUCGAAAGACGUGGAUUUCAGUCGACCGACUCAUCCGGGUUUCGAUCCAAGACCUCAAUCCACGGUGUCACGUGAUCGAACCUCCUCGCAACUGGCCUCUGAUGAUUCAUCUAAUCUGAUCAGUCCCACAGUAGGACCAAAGCAUAAUUCGAAUCGAUCUGCAAGGAACCGAAUCGAUUUCACAGGAGGUAAUAGUAAAGAAAGAAGCGUGAAUGAACGAGCCGGAUCGGAACAAGCUGCAAAAGAUCCGCGAACAACACAAGCCACUCCAAUUCUCACAUUGCUUGCUGCCCCCAAAACCGCACUAACAAAUCCACCGGUGAAUUCCCCUGAGGAUUCGCGGAUAUUUUUCGAUUGGGAACCUCCACCACCACCUCCUGGUCCGCCUCCACCCGACGAGGAUGGGUGCGAGCCUCCAAAUGAUCGACCCCACCAGCAACUGAACCACCAAAUAUCAGAGGUGUCCAACCUUUCCCCUUCACAAAGUAGUCGAGCCAGCACAGUCUUUUGCCCUCCAUGGGACACAGCACCCAUGGGCCUGUAUUUAUCGGAUUUGAUCAAUCUAACUCGCCCGCUGGCCGGCUCAGUGAUUGGUAAUGGAAGUGCAAAUAGGACGAGAGAUUCUCUACUGCGCCGACGCACAUUAUCUAUGCUUGAACAUCGUCUCCUCAGUGAACGUCUUUCCGCUUUGAGCGAUUCGGGUAACGCCGGUCGUGGGGAAUUUCAAAAGCUUCUACACCUGUGGAUACAAUCAAAUCCCGUGGAUCGCGUCGAGAAAGAGUGUCUGUCCGGUGAUGAAGCCGCUCCACCCCCUCUACCACAACGUCGAAGGAGAUCACGUGGACAAAAGACAAACACAAUCAAUGGAGAUGAAACUGAAGCCGUAAGGACAACGGAAGUCAGACCAUAUGCAAUCGUCAACUGUCCUGCGAGCAAAUCGUCUCCGGAAGAGCGCGACCAAGAAAAUGCCCAAGUGGAACAUUCAAGAUUCCAGUUAGAGCACUCUGAUUCAUUUGGUGUCUAUGACGAAGCAUUUGUUGGCCAGGAGACGACCCCAUCUAGUCCAAUGGAUUCAGGCAACAAUAAGAAAGCUGCUACCGUUGAACCAGAACCUGCAGAUCCUAUGAGAGGGACGCCGAGUAGCUACGUUUACGCACAGGUCGUACCGCAUCACUUGCGUCGAAGUCAGCGUAGCACAGAUAGUCAUUCCCCGUCACGCCCGCCCCACCAAGAGGAACUGGGAUCUGUUGCGGAUCGAAUUGCAAAAUUCCAAGGCAAACCAAUCAUGACCACGGCCCGAAACAGAACCACCUCGAUCAACCAACGAUCCAGGUUAGACUCAAUUGAACCUGUCGAGAUCAAUCCGUCGCCUGAACUGAACGAUACUUUGGCUACCACCACUCCACCCGGUUCUCCUUCCUCCUAUUCAUCCAGUUCGGAUGACUCUGGUUGUGGUCACGGGGACCCCGCUCCCAACUCCCAUGGUCUCUUGAAGCGUACAGCCGUUCCACGUUCACUAGAUCAACCGGAGCGUGUGCAUCAUGGUUCGGGGCGACAUAUACGCUACUUUGUACAUAAACUGCUGAAAGACAAGAACAGCAAAGUAGCAGAACAAGUGAACCUGUUCCUUGAAUGCACUCGUGAAGGAAGUGAUCGUGGUCCGUAUCGGAUUAUGCAAUCGUCAACCGGGAACACCACAGGUGUGGAAAAGGCGGAAAUGGUAAAUCCUCGAAAAGUGACCAUGACAAAAAUGGAGAGCGGUGUGCGUUAUUCGGACGCUGAGGAAUACUUUUCAAGCUACAAAUAA